CAGCACUGUUGUGAGAUGCCUAGGAAAUAAGCAGCAGACUGGAGCUUCAGGAAAAGGCUACAGUGUCAGUAGAAGGGGUUUAACUCAGUGGAUAUUCCAGUGGCGAAGGACAUGCUCACACUGAGCUGAUCAUGGCAGGGGACGUACGGAGACUCAGACGCAUGCUACUGGAAUGCAACAGCAGUGACAAGUUAUGUGUUGUGCGUGAGUACCAGACUGAAGUGAUCAUCAUCCCUGUCCUUCUAGUGGGUGUCUUUGUCAUCCUGUUAGGUGUGAUCCUUUGGCUCCGUUAUCGAAGCUGGAGGUCGAAGCAACAGCAACUGCUCAGACAUCAAGGUAACAAAGCUGUUGCCCCAUUGCCAGCAAAGGACAAGAACCAGAAGGAACACAGUGAGUCAGAGAACACCUACAUCCAGCUGAGUGAGACAACUGUGGAGAGUCUACUAAGAUCUGCAGCCUUGACUCUGAAGGAGCUGGAAAUACCACAAGACAGACUCAUACCAGGGUCCUUGGAGCUGAUACACAAUGGCAGUUUUGGGGGAAUCUACAGAGCGGAAUUGGAGACUGGGAACCCUGGGAAGACUAAGACAGUCAUCCUGAAAGCCUUACAGGACACUGCUGGACCCAGUGAGGUGAAGGAUUUCCUGGGAAGGAUUAAGUUCCAUCAGUCCCUUGGUCAUCAUGAUAACAUGGUUGAACUGAUAGGAUGUUGUGUAGUCCAGCUCCCCCUUUAUAUGAUCAUGGAGGAUGUGUCCCAUGGGGACCUCCUGAACUUCUUGUGGACCUGCCGCAGGGACGUAUUGACUAUGAAUGGUAUCCCGUAUGACCUCACAGAGAGGCAGGUAUAUAAAGUCGGGCAGCAGGUUGCAGCUGCCUUGGAGUUUCUUCAGCAGAAGAAGCUGUUCCAUGGGGAUGUGGCAGCCAGAAAUGUCCUGAUCCAGUCUGACUUCACUGCCAAGCUCUGUGGGCUGGGCCUGGCCUAUAAAACCCACACCUAUGGCACCAGCUGUGUCACACAGAUUGUGCCACUCAAGUGGCAGGCACCAGAGCGGCUAUUAAUGAAACCUCCCAGUAUCGAGUCAGACAUAUGGUCCUUUGGAAUCUUACUCUAUGAGAUGAUCACAUUAGGGGCUCCACCAUUUCCUGAGGUGCCACCUUCUGAUAUCCUACAACACCUUCAGAGACUGAAGAUCAUGAAGAGGCCCUGCACCUGCCAGCCAGCUAUGUAUGGUAUCAUGAAGUCCUGUUGGCGGUGGAGUGCAACGGACCGGCCGCAACCCGCAGAGCUGAUCAAGCACCUGCAAACAGCAGCCAAAAGCAGCAAUGACCAAGUGGUGCUCCAGGUGCCUGAGCUGGUGGUGCCUGAACUAUAUGCUAAUGUGGCUGGCGUUGAUUUGGGGAGUCUUGCUAGGGACUACAGUGUGCUCUGAAGCAUGCCUCUGUGUACUGAGAAGGACUUUAUCUCUGACUUUGUCCCUCUUUGGGGAUACAAGGGGCUGACCCCUCUGGAACUCAGAAUGAAGUGUGUAUUGGGAGGGUUUCCUCUAUUUUUUUUUAAUGCAGAAUGUAGUUAAGAGGGUGGAAAGUUCUGAAAUAAACACUAGACUCCAGAAGAGACUCCUAACUCAACUCCUUGAAAUUGAGAAAUAUAUCCUGCACUACUCAAAUGCCUCUCUACGUUAUGACUGGCUGCACUGAAGGGCACCAACCAAACACAAACAAUCAUUCUGAGUGACCUCAAGGUGGUUAUGAAGGUGGCCUGAAGGUUCAGUUAUGAAGUUGUACAGCUUUGAGUGGAUGAAGUCUGUGACAAGGAAGC